CACAAGUCAAAGUGUCCGACGUCCAGCCAUGCAGGGACUGUAACGCAUUUCAGGGAUUGCGGGUCUGGAUAAUUCCUUUUUUUUUUUUUUAGCGCUCCUGUGCCAUGGCUCCGUUUGGAAAAAACUUCCUGAAAGCUCGACUGAAAAACAGGACCAAAGAUGCUGAGACCAUACCAGGAAAAGAGAUUCAGGUUACUGUCUGCAAUGAGGAGAAGGUUGUCUGCGGAGUAACGAAGCACACAACAUGUGCAGAUAUGAUUCAGGCGUUAUUGGAGGAUCACAAGUCAAUCCAAGAGAGCCAGCGGCUCCUGCAUGGAGAACCCAAAGACUUCUGUCUCGUCGAGCGGUGGAAGGGUUUUGAAAGAGCCUUGCCUCCUCUCACCAGAAUCUUGAGGCUCUGGUACGCUUGGGGUGACCAGAGACCCUUCAUCCAAUUCAUUCUAGUGAAAACCAGCGAUUUUGUGCCUCAGCCUGCUAAGAAGGGUGGAAAGUCCAAGGGCACCAAGCCUAAGCGAUGGGAGCAUGGUCGCAAUCAGUAUCCCCAGUCUCUGCCAGUGGAGAAACAGAAACGCAUCGUGAAGAAAGCUUUCCGAAAGCUGGAGAAACUUCACAAGGAGAGCAAGAGCUGCCCUGGCACCGAGGAGAUCGAUCGUAUGGUGCAGAUGAUUCUGGACCAGGACCACACAAUUCGGGAACAGAUUCAGCAAAUGAGGGAUCUGGAUUUUGAGAUUGAGCAUUUUGAGGAUGAAAUGCAGAGAGAAGCUGAAGAGUCUGAGAGUUCACUGGCUCAGGCUUGUGGGCUGAGUUUGGAAGUGGACGAUGUGGAGCAGCUGCAUGAGUACCUGUACACCAGCGAUGGAGUUGAACAGCUGGAGCUGCAGGUUCAGAGGCAUCAGGCGCUCAUCCUCCAGCUAUCUCUGGAUAUUGAUACUGAGCUGAGGAGGGCAGAAGAAGACAGUGAACAGGAAGGAGCUGUGGCUGCUUCCUGGAUCCCGUCUGAAACAGAUGAUUUGUUCUACACUGCCGAACUCGAGAGGAUGCAGACAGAACUGCAACAUAGCCUCUUAACCGGCGUAUCCCUUCACAACCAAGCUGUAGAAAUAGACAAGCAGUUAAAGUACUAUGACACCACUCUGGUCUCCAAGGACCAGGAAUGCUGGCAUCUAGCUGCUCAUCUCAAUUCACUGCAAAUCGGUGACAGCACAGAGGAGAAGUCAAGUCCUGUGCCUCUAAAAAUUGAGACUCAAUGCAGCGUCUCACAGACAGUGAAACUCAAACACAGCCUGUCCCCUCUAGACAUUACAGACACAGACUCAGACACUGGGAUUAGCUCCACACACAGCCAGGACUCGCUGUCACCCUGUCUCGACUUCCCUCCCCCACUGGACACAGACGUUUGAACAACCUAGUUGACCCUGCAAUUUAAUCUUCUAUAGGCACUAGCUCCAAUUUGCGCCUUUCAUGUAUUAUCAUUACGGUUGAGUCACGAGCUAAACGUUUCACUUUUUCUGAAAGAUAAAUCCCAGGCUAACAAAAAAAUGUAUUUUAAAAGGAAACUUCUCAAGUCAUUUCCCAAAUGGUUUCAAAAACAAUAAGAUGGUAAAGUUUGAAUGCAGCUAGAUUGUUAUUUUCUAUUAUUCAGUUCAACAUAAUAAUUUGGUUCUGAUUUAGUAUAUCAUUCUUGUGUUAUAAAAAUGUUUGUUUGAUUAGAAAACAGAGUCGCAACAUGGGAAACAGGUUUAAAAUCAUCAUUUUGCAGUUUUUUUUCCAGAUGAAAAGAGUGGAAAGACGGCCUUGUACCUAUCAGAAAUACAAAUGUUUGAGAUUAAAAUGCAAUAACACAUGUGACGCACAAACUUGAGCUACUGUAUGUAUGUGCCAACUACAGUCCAUUCAGCCUGCUCUCAUUCCCAAGGCGUCAAAUACCGCAAUUUUGUCACACCUCUCAGCAUCUGAUACCAGUGUACAAGGUGCCCUUUAGCGUCAUUACUUACUCCACUUGCAGGCUAGUUGAGUAGACUUCCACAACAUCUGAAAUAGACACCAUGAUAUCAAUUAUGUUGAUAUAAAGGUGACAUUUAAAGUGAUCAUUUUAAACCAAAACCAUGAUUUUGAAGUGGUUUUUGUGCCUAAACCUAGCCAGACUUUAACCACGCAUUGUCACACAUUAUUUUGUUAAGAGUGGUUUCUAACAGUUGGAAAGAAACAUGAACUGCUGUGAAAUGCUGUUUGUAUGUGAU